CAAGAACCCACCCGGAGCUUCAUCACCGCCCAAUUAGGUAACUCGGGCUUCUGGCGCAACAUUAUUAUUAUCCAUAUCACUUCAACCUCCUCCGUCGAGCCUCCUUCCUACUCUUCCGCACGACAGCAUAUAAUCUCCACAAUCUCAAAUCGAGUUUCGAUUUAACUACAGCCGGCCACAAUGUCCGAACUGGCAUUCACAAAAUCUUUCCUCUCAUCGCUUGACUCCCGCCCGAUCAAGCUUCGAGCCGACUAUGUCCACGACCAAGGACAAACGCCUCGUGCUCCCUACGUCCUCCCCCGCCUUCAACCCCCACACCCCUCCAUGCCCAAGAAGACCGCAACCAAAGACGCAAACCCCGGCUCAUCUAAAUCGAUAACCAUAACGCUGAAAUCGGCCCGGAACCCCGUUCUUGAAAUCACGCUGCCCAAUGCCCCGCUGGCGACGACGAGCAUGUCCGAUCUGAAAGAUGCGGUCCGGGAGCGGAUUGUCGAGACCAGUACAGACAAUAAGGUUUCGUUGGAGAAGAUUAAGAUUCUGUAUAAACGGAAGCCGGUUAGUGGGACAGGGAAGACAGUUGCGGAUGUUGUGAGUGAUUCUGGGGAGGGGGAGCUGCUAAAUGGUGGGAAGGGCGUGGAGUUUGGAAUUAUGGUUAUGGGUGGUGCUAGAGUUGUUGAGGAGCAGGGUGAGAAGGAAAAAGGGGAGAGCAGCGAUGAUUCUACGGCGAAGGCUGCGGUUGGUCCUAGUGGUGAGGCUUUACUGGAGACCGAGCAGUUUUGGGGUGACUUGCAGGGAUAUCUGGAGCAAAGGCUUAAGGACGAGGGCGUUGCGAAGAAAUGGACAGGAUUGUUUAAGGACACCUGGACUGCGAGGCGGUGAUUUUCUAUUCCUCCUUAAUUAGUUGUGAUACCUGAAUAUCAAAUAUUGAGAUGUGCAUCUAGUAAACGACUAGGUAUAUAACCUAGACUCUAGUCGGCGUAUAUUCGCAUCAAUUGAUAUCAUAUCGUCUUUGGAAAACAGAGGAUAUGUUGCGAGAGAAGAAACAGACACCAAAAAAGGUAAUAUAAUAACAUGCAUC